GAUGAACUUUUGGUACUAGUCCCUCAGAGAGUCGAUCGCCCAGCCAACGCGCCAUUUUCAUUGAUUACAAAUACAAUCAUGAAAAUAUUCUGUGUGUCUGUGUUUAUAAUCGUUAUAGUGGAAUCAUUACAUCUGCCAUUGUCAGAAGAGAAAGAAGGAUUGUCAAAAGGGACGGUAAUAGCAAAUAUGACGUCACAACUACACCCAAUUCAGGUGUGGACAAAUUCUCGGAACUGGACUACGCACGCGCCUUCAAAAGUGGUGAAAAAUGGUACGAAUAAAGAAAUUCCUUUUGUCUCCUUUCUACCAGCUUCAAAAAUAGUUGAAUCAUACAAUGAAGAUAAAUCAAAGGAUGUUAAAUCAAUUUUAGUAAUUGGAAUUGCCACGCUAGCUAAUUUAUCAACAGCUCCGAAGGCAGCAAUUCCGCAAGAAUCAGAAACUUCAUUAACAGGCUUAAUUCGGGCACGUACCUAUGAUAAAGGAAAAUAUAUAGAAAUCGUUGGCUUUUCAUUACCGCCUUCCAAAGUAAUAGAACUGUACAACAAAACUGGAUGAGAUCCUUGGAAAACACAAUGAAGAAAACUAACAAUAAACCAAGCUAGCAAUACA